CAAAAUUAUUUUUUCACUUUUCAUUUUUCUGUUUUUCAUCAUUUCUCAUGGAAAAUCCCAAGAAUCUCCAAAUCAAGAAAAGGCCAUUUUACUCCAACUAAAACAACACUGGUUUACUUCACCAAAUGUCACAAAAUGGAUUUCAUCAUCAAAUCAUUGUUCUUGGGAUGGAAUAAUUUGUACCCAAAAUUUAGUUUCUGGUAUUCAAAUCCCUUAUGGAAAUAUCUCAAAACCAAUCCCAAAUUUCAUUUGUGAUCUUAAAAAUCUCACCUUUCUUGAUUUUAGCUAUAAUUUCAUCCCUGGAAACUUCCCUGAUAUCUACAGUUGUUCAAAUCUUGAAUUCUUAGACCUUUCUUAUAACUACAUGGCUGGUAAUCUCCCUGAUGAGAUUAACCGUCUUUCGAGUAAUCUAAAAUACCUAAACUUAACUUCCAACAACUUCAAUGGUGAUAUCCCUAAAGGAAUUGGUGGAUUGAGUCAGCUCAAAGUACUUGACCUGAGGGGGAAUAUGUUUGAUGGAUCUUUUCCUGAAGAGAUUGGUGAAUUGUUGAAUCUUGAAGCACUUAUGUUGAGCUCGAAUGGUUUUACUCCACAGGCUAUACCAUCACGAUUCACAAAGUUGAAAAAUUUGAAAAAUUUUUGGAUGACAGAAGCACAUUUGAUUGGAAAUAUCCCGGAAUAUAUUGGUAACAUGACAAGUCUUGAAUUUUUGGAUUUGUCGAACAAUGGAUUGAGUGGUAGUAUCCCUGAUGGUUUGUUUCAUCUCAAGAAUUUGAGUACUGUGUUUUUAUAUACUAACAAAUUGUCAGGGGAAAUACCACAGUCAGUUUCUGCAAUGAAUUUGUAUGUUGUUGAUUUGUGUAACAACAGUUUGACAGGAAAAAUACCAGAAGAUUUUGGAAAAUUGACGAAAAUGACUGGAUUGUCUUUGUUUUUCAAUCAAUUAUCAGGUGAAAUACCAUUGAGUAUAGGCAAGUUAUCAUCAUUGGUAUCUGUUAAGUUGUUUGGGAACAAGUUAUCAGGUGAAAUUCCACCUGAUUUUGGUCGAUUUUCGAAACUUUUUGACUUCCAAGUUUCAGAAAAUCAACUUGUUGGAAAGUUACCUGAGGGUAUUUGCAAUAACAAGGCUUUAGCUACGAUGGUUGCUUUUGGCAACAAUCUAACAGGUGCACUGCCAGGUUCACUUGGAAGUUGUGACAGUCUGAGGUCUCUUCGAGUCGAAAAUAACCGACUUUCUGGUGAGGUUCCUGAUGGAUUAUGGACAGGUAAGAGUUUGUCAAUGCUUUUGAUGAAUGAUAACUUGUUAACUGGUCAGCUUCCACAUAGAGUGGCAUCAAAUUUGUCAAAAGUUGAUAUCAGCAAUAACAAGUUUUCGGGCGAAUUACCAGCUGGUAUGGGUACUUGGCACAAUCUAAGUGAGUUCAAGGCAAGUAAUAAUCUCUUAAGUGGUCAAAUCCCUCAAGAAUUGACUCUUCUUCCAGGGAUAACUAAACUUUUUCUUGAUGGUAAUCUACUAUCUGGAAAUUUUCCAUCGAAUAUAUCGUCGUGGAAGACUCUUGUCACAUUAAAUAGCAGAAAAAAUCAGCUUUCAGGUCCUAUACCUUCUGCACUUGGCCUUUUACCAAAUCUCAUUGAUUUGGACUUGUCAAGUAACCAAUUUUCAGGUGUUAUUCCAACUGAAUUAGGUAACUUGAGGUUAACUUCACUUAACCUGUCAUCCAAUCGCCUGUCGGGUGAAAUCCCAUCUCAGUUGGAAAAUGCAGCUUUUGGUAAGAGCUUCUCGGAUAAUCCUGGUCUUUGUGCAAGUAAUCCAUCAGUAGAAGUCGCGUCUUGCAAGAGGGAAACUAAUUCAGAUAAGUUUCCUGUUGGACUUGUUGCUGCUCUUGCUAGUGUAGCAGCAGUUACUUUCCUUGUGGCAGUUCUGUAUGGUCUGUUUGUGUUGAGAAGUCAUAGAAAAAGAAAACAAGAAUCAGUUUCGACAUGGAAACAAACAUCAUUUCACAAAUUAGACUUCACAGAAUCAGACAUUGUAUCCAAUCUGACCGAAAACAACAUAAUUGGAAGUGGAGGAUCGGGACAGGUCUACCUCGUGCCUUUAAGCCAAUCAGGUGACUAUGUUGCUGUCAAGAGGAUUUGGAGAAACCAAAGGUUGGAUCACAAGCAUGAGAAACAGUUUCUUGCUGAAGUUCAGAUAUUAGGCACGAUUCGACACACCAAUAUAGUGAAACUCCUCUGCUGCAUCUUCAGUGAAGAGUCGAAACUUCUUGUCUACGAAUAUAUGGAGAAUAGGAGCUUGGAUAUAUGGCUUCACUCAAAGAAUAGGUUGAACAAUGCCUCAAGAUCAACACCACAUCUGGUCUUGGAAUGGCCUAGGAGGCUGCAAAUCGCGAUAGGAGCUGCCCGUGGUCUUUGCUACAUGCACCACGACUGCUCACCACCUAUUAUUCAUCGCGAUGUGAAGUCAAGCAACAUCCUAUUGGAUUCUCAAUUCAAUGCAAAAAUUGCAGAUUUUGGCCUUGCCAGGAUGUUACUCAAGCCUGGAGAUAACACAGUGACAGCAGUAGCUGGCUCUUUCGGAUACAUUGCACCAGAGUAUGCACGAAAAACUAGAGUGACCGAGAAAAUUGAUGUGUAUAGCUUUGGAGUCAUACUUUUGGAACUGGUGACUGGAAAAGAAGCCAAUCUUGGAGAUGAAGAUUCAUGUCUUGCAGACUGGGCAUGGCGCCACCUUCAAAAAGGGAAACCGAUGGCUGAUGCAUUAGAUGAGGACAUCAAAGAAACGCGAUACUUGGAAGAAAUCUUCGUUGUGUUUAAGCUUGGAAUCUUUUGCACCAGCACAUUUCCUUCAUCAAGGCCAACAAUGAAGGAAGUUCUGCAAAUCUUGAUCCAAUGUAGCAACGGUUCACCUACAUCUGGAGAAAAGAAAAAUGAAACAGAACAGGAUGUUUUGCCACUCCUCAAGAACUCAAGGAGUGAGAGGAUUGAAGAAAAUGAUGAUGUUGGUUUAACAUCAAUUAUUUGAUGGCAUUACAAUAUGAUUAGAGUGAAGGAGAGCCUUGACGUAACUAGUAAAGUUGUUGUGGAAAUAGUCUCUCGCAAAAAUGCAGGGUAAGGUUAUGUACAAUAGAUUCUUGUGGUCCGGUCCUUCCCAGGACCUUGCGCAUAGUGAAAGUUUGUGCACCGGGCAGCCUUUUUUUAACAAUAUGAUAAGAGUAAGAAAUAGCAAAGAAUAAGACCAAUAGAUAAUGUAUCAGGUAGUGAAAACUAGCAUUGUACAUACACUGUAUUGGAUCCAUAGUGUUGCUUUGCAUUGUUUUGCUACAUAAA